GUCAUGACAAAGCACAGAACAGUUGUCAAACAUACAACUUGCAGUUUUGCUAUUCGGUUUAUGUUUACUGUAUCGUGCAAGUUAGAACCGAUUUGUUUUAAUCAUAACUUAACAAAAUUCGUUUGCUAAGCUGAAAAUGUUUAAUCAAACACCAAAUUUCAAUAAGCCGCUCUGGAAUAAUGGUCCACAGCCUGGAAACUUCUACAAUUUCCCUGGAUCAAACAGUUCCAUGAACAGUUCGACGAAUAAUGGAACACAGCGAUCAGCGUAUCCAAUUGCGACUGGUGCAUCAGUGAUUGGCAUCAAAUACGACGAAGGUGUUUUGAUUGCAGCCGAUACACUCGUUUCAUACGGUUCGUUGGCUUCAUUCCGUAAUGUCGACCGUGUUUUUACAAUCAACGACAGUUGUAUUUUGGGCGCCGGUGCCGAUUAUGCUGAUUUCCAAUGCAUCAAGCAUUACAUCGAUGAGAAAAUCACCGAAGACUUUUGCCACGAUGACAAAAUCGAAAUGAAACCGAAAUCCCUGUACAAUUGGUUGACCCGGUGCAUGUACAACCGGCGGUGUCGUAUGAAUCCAUGGUGGAUUGAUUUGGUUGUUGGUGGCGUUCAAGAUGGUAUCCCGUUCUUGGGUCAUGUCGACGUUCGUGGCCGCGCCUAUGAAGAUAAAGUGGUGGCCACUGGCUAUGGAAAGCAUUUGGCCAUUCCACUGUUGCGUGAAUAUUCGGAAAAUCCGAACGCAGUUCUGGACUAUGAUGCAGCACAAACAUUGUUGAAGAAAUGCAUGGAAGUGUGCUUCUAUCGCGAUUGCCGUAGCUAUCAUCAAUACAAAGUAGCCGUAUGCACGAAGCAAGGCAGCAAAGUAUUGGGACCAAUCAAUGUCGAUCAGAACUGGGCAUUUGCCACCUCAAUCAAAGGAUAUGCUUAAGCCGAAUUUACUAAAGAAAACAUCAAAAAUUAUUACUUUUUUCCAUAAUAAAACAAUCAAGUUUGAAUAAAAAUGAAACAUUUUGUCACUUCACGAUAA